CUGCACAGAUAUAAAGGCAAUUUAAUUUCAUCCAUGGCUGUGACUGAUAUAAAAUGAGUACUGUGCGCCCUCGUGUGGCCACUAAGUACCCGUACAUUCUAUCUGGGCUUCUGYUUAUGGUUGCUAGGCAACGAGAGAACAAAAUAAUUUUUGCGAAUGAUACACUUUGUAUUUCGUGUCGUGGGCUGGUUUGCUAUAAAGCUGCACACUACGUAUCGUCUCUCGUCUUUUUUCUGUAUUGUAUCCGAAUUUAUACAAACCAGGAUGGCAUCGACUAAGCAGUCAAAAGAAAAGGAUCCUGCGGAUAUUGUUAAUCAGAACGCAAUUCACAUCGAGACCAUAAAGAAAGAGAAUAAGAGCCAAAAAGUGUACACGCUAUUUAGCAUCAACCCGUACAAAAGAUUUCACAUUUUGACUGACAAACCUAUGGCUGGCAACAAGACACACGACAAAGUGCAGGAGGACCCUGCUUUCCUAAGGGCCCUCCACAGGGCUUGUUUGGAGCCAACCAAGAAAUACACUCACCCCCAAACUGAGAGCCAGGAGAUAGGCUGGAUAUCCAGACCUCUGAUUGUUUCAGAUCGCAGCGAUAGAAGACUGAACUGGUCACGGCAGAACUCCGAGAUCACCAAGUACAUGGAUGCAGCAUGGCGUCUGAAAGAACAGACACAGAACCUGGGUUAGAUCUACAGCCUACCAGACUGAAUUAUGAUAACCUGGUUCAUUGGUCUCUUUACUGGAUAAAAUGUUUAUGGAAACACA